AUUAUUGGUAUUUAUAAUUAUUAUAUUGUAAACAGACAAAUACGUUUAAUAAUAUAAGAUAUAGAAGUAGGUAGUUAUGAUAUUGGCUGAAACUUUAUUAUUUUCUCUGUCUUUAAUCGAUAGCGGUGCUAUAUUAUUUCUUUUAGUUUACUACAUAAUAACAUUGUCAGAUUUGGAGUGUGAUUACUUAAACGCUCAGGAGUGUUGUGAUAAGUUGAACUAUUGGUUGCUUCCCAAAUAUAUCGCUCAUUCUUUUGUAUCAUUUUUACUUCUUUUACAUGGACAAGUUAUUCUUUUUUUGCUUAACUUGCCUAUGUUUAUAUGGUUGACGUUCGAAUAUUUUACAAUACCACGAGGUAAUCUGGGCGCAUACGAUCCAGCUGAAAUUCACAAUCGCGGCCAGUUGAAGAAACAUAUGCGUGAUGUUAUGAUAUACAUUGGACAUUAUCUUAUAUUUUUCUUUAUUUAUUUGUACUGUUUUAUAUUAGCCCUUCUUAAGGGAGAUCCAAUACAGCGUUCAGCGGAUGAUCAAAUUGUAACUGAAAUCUAA